AUGCACAUAUACAAGACCUUUCACAGCACCAUCAAGGACUUUCUCAACACUGAAGUAAAGAAAAGGGGCGCCAAAUUUAUUAGUGUCAAUGCCAGUUACAAAGAACCAAAACAUCUUUGUCAGUAUCAUGGGCAGAAUCUUUUUAAGGGCCUGAUUACUAUCACCAACAAAAUCGGGGAAAUCCGGAUGCAAUUUCACGUUGUCACUGAUGAUCAUGAACACUUUUGGCCAUCUCUGCUUGCUUUCUUGAAUACACUUAAAGCAUACGGCCGACAUGAUUUGGAGCUUGUGUUCACUGACAAUGUGCAUGCUGAUCGGCACUUUUACUUGGACACUUUUCCUUCUUUGUUGGAAGCUCAAGGUCGGCUUGAUAUUAAGGUGACAGAUGGCACAAUGCCCAAUGAAAAUGACAUCAAUAAAGAAAACACUUGCACAGUUGAUGACACUCAAAUUCGUGUGCUUUCAAGCAAAGGUGCUAUCAACGAAUUUAUCACAGCACUUGAAGAAAACAUCCAAGGCAAACCACCAGAGGAUCAAGUAAUAAGGCUUGAUGCAGAAUGGAAUGUCCUCACAGCAAGCCAUGGAAUGGGAAUGCAAACUGGAAAGCUUGCCCUACUAAUUUUGGCAUACAAAGACAGUGACAGGCGUCACAUGGCUGCUCUAUUGAGACUUCAUAAGCUCUCUUCACUUCCGGAUCGCUUGCUUUGUUUCUUGGUUGGAGGAACAAAGUUUUCUUGGGAACCAUGUUGGUGGGGAAAUUUGAAGACUAGGGCAUGA